AUGUUGGCGGGGAAUUUGACAGAAUACGCGUUGAGAAGAAGGCCUGAUCAGCAAAACUGAUGUCAUCAACACAAACUCCACUGGGUCUCUCUUCUCAGGAUGUGGCCGUUCAAAGCAUUCGCUCCAUUGCUCAACCAUCAACGUCCAGGAAGAAGUACUCUUCGUAUAGGAGAACUCCUGGCAGCCGAAGAAUCGAAGCUGCUGAACGAGUUUACCCUCGAAGUCCCGGCGAUGCAGAAACGGACGAUCAAGACCUGCCUCGUUUUACAGGACUGAUUUCUACCACAUGGCACACGUAUAAAAUCACGCCAUUAUACAAAUUCAAAGCCGAAAUAUCUUACCUAAAGAAAUAUGGUCGACUACUAGCCGCCUUCAUUGAAGCUGAAAGGAAAAAAGGCGAUGCAGUGGAUGUAGAAGGCGAGUCGGCCGAUCGAGUAGAAAUGUCGUUGUAUCAUGGACUUCAGGUGACGCAAGAUGACCCAGUGGCUGUUCAGAUCUUGAUGAGAGCUCAGAAUAAGAAUGGUACAGGUGCGAUGAAGACAGUGCUAACAGCUUACCUGAUGGGGGUAGAGAUGGAGGAGAAAUUGGAUCCUCACCUGCAGCAAGCCUUCGUCCACUACCCCGUCGUGCUAGUGCGUGGGCCUGUGGCCCUCACACGCUACCUGUUUGACUGGUUAAGGAGUCACUUUGACUGUAGCGCAAGUCGGCUGACGUUCUCAUCUCUGGAUCUGAGUUGGAUACUGGCGAUGUGGUGCGGGAAGGAAGGGGCCCGCAGCAGUAAGCCUGUGGAGCUGAUCUACUCCGUACCCCCAGAUUGUGAGGGAUUAGAUAAGAUUACCAUGACAAUUGACCCCGAGGACUGCAGGGGCAUCUGGAGUUGCAUUCACGACCCUGGACACCAGGAUGUGACAGCCGAUGAAGUUGCCGCUCUUGCCAGCUGUCUGGAGAACCAUUUCUACCAGCACUUUAAGAUUAAACUCACAGCCAUGCAGUUAGUAAGUGUGGGCACAGCACUGGCCUUUGUGGGAUCAGAAGGGAAAGUGAAACUGUUCAGUGGUGAUAACGCUUUGUUGAUUCUGAGACAUCUGACUUGUCUGGCAAUGGAGCAGCUUGGCACAUACCAGCAAUGACCGACAUUUGACAGCUGACAUUUGACCCAAGGCUGUUGUUACCUGGUUCAGGGGUUGGAGGGUUGUAAACAUUUUUUAUCUGGAAUGUAAACAGAUGGGUUUUUUUUUU